GCGGGGACCCGGCGGGCAGCCGCCUUCGCUCAGCAUUCGCCCGCCCGCCACCUGGAUCGCCAAGGGGAGCGGCGGCCGAAGCAUCCUUCCCCGCCGCCGGCACCCUCUCCGGCCCCGCCGCCCCUCGCCCCGCCGCCGCCGCCCGGAGAAACUUGGCGUGCUGGCGGGCACCGUGGGCAUCAAAACAAUGAUUCCUCCGGGGGAGUGCCUCUAUGCUGGGAGGAAAAGGAGGAAACCCAUUCAGAAACAAAGGCCUGCAGCUGGGAAUGAAAAAUCAAAUCCUUCAAAGAGGCACAGGGACCGUCUGAAUGCAGAACUUGACCAUCUGGCCAGCCUCCUGCCUUUCCCACCCGACAUAAUAUCCAAGCUGGACAAACUAUCCGUGUUGCGCCUUAGCGUCAGCUAUCUGCGAGUCAAAAGUUUCUUUCAAGCCAUUCAAGAAAAGCACUUUAAGAAGCAAGUUGGCCAAACGAUAAAAGAAGACAAUGUAUGUAGCAAGACCGCUGUACAAGAAGGUGGACUUCUACUAGAAUCACUGAAUGGUUUUGCAUUGGUGGUGAGUGCAGAUGGAAUGAUAUUUUAUGCAUCAUCAACAAUUGUGGACUACCUAGGGUUUCAUCAGACCGAUGUAAUGCACCAAAACAUAUAUGAUUACAUUCAUGUGGAUGAUCGACAGGAUUUCUGUAGACAACUGCACUGGGCCAUGAAUCCUCCUCAGAUGUCGUCUGGACAGCAAACACAGACAGAAACAGGAGAAGAAUAUAUUCUCAGUAAAUUGUUUAAAGCACAAGAGAAUGACAGCAUGACAACAGAUUAUUCUUCCUUCUUAACUCGUUGUUUCAUCUGUCGAGUUCGCUGCUUGUUGGACAGUACUUCUGGCUUCCUUACAAUGCAGUUUCAAGGCAAACUAAAGUUUCUUUUUGGACAAAGAAAGAAGUCCUCAUCAGGAACAGUAUUACCACCUCAGCUGUCCUUAUUCUGCAUAGUGGUACCACUUCUUCUCCCUUCUGUGACAGAGAUGAAGAUGAAAAGCCUGCUUGUGAAAGCAAAACACAAAGCUGAUGAUGCAACAGCAGUGAAUACAAACUCCAGUUCUAAAGGCAAUUCAGGACUGUGUGAAGCAGCAGAAUUAUAUGGAAGAAAUAGUCAUCAUGAAGGUGCAUCUUUCAAUAAUGUUUUACAGAUUGCUGAAAACCAACUCAAAGCAAAGAAUAAUGGAGAAAAUGGCAUUUCUCUAGUCAAAGUACAAACAAAUGAAGAUCACUGGGUCUGGGUUCAAGCUAACACUCAACUUCUGUAUCGAAGUGGUUGUUCAGAAUAUGUCCUUGCCCAGCAGCAAAUGUUAAAGGAAGAAGAUGAACAACUGAAGAUACCAAGCAGUUUUGCCAGUUUGAAAGGAAACCUGGAUGGAUUUUCCUAUAAUGGUGCCAUUGAAACCCUGGGCCAGUUAAAGCAUCUUAACUGGGCAGCAGUAAAAAAUGAACAAGACAAUAUAAAAGUGAAGUUUGAGCCUCAUACAAACGGUGAGUGUUUCAUGCAGGAGGAAUCUCUCAGCUCUAACGUAUCAGUUUUAGGCGUUCAAAACAACUGCACAACAAACAACAGCUGGACUUUAAGAAACUCAAGCUCUUGUUCUGUGAACCCGCGAAUGAAUGCGUGUUCAAACAGAAGAGCUGGAUCAUUCUACAAUAGAGACCAAAGUUUCUUAAAUUUAGCAUCAACUUGUCCUUCCCACUGGGGGAGUGCAGAAAAUUGUCAGUCUUACUCAGGCUUACAGCAGCGCGCUGUGGAGAGCUACGCUACAGACCAUCUGAAACUGCAGAGAUCGUUAAUAUCCUCAGAGUCUCUCUAUGAUGCAGCGUUUCCCUUGGAUAUGCCUAUCAAAACAGAAUAUGAUUCUGAUUCGGAAAACAUCGCUGAUAACUACCUGACGUCACAAAACCGAGCCUGGAUGGACGACAACGGCGCAGUGAGGAAGCAGUUGUUCAGCUAUCCCAACAAGGUGCACCUUAAAACAGAACCGGACCUCUGUCAGCAAGCUUCACCUUGCCAGAAGCCUAGGCACUGCCUUUACACGCCGCAUAACUGGCAAUGCAUCGUAGCAAAUCAUCCCAGCAAUCUCAAUCUGAACAGAUCUUGCAAGGGUUUGCGUAACAGAGAGGUGGCCCCGUUUUGCCCCCAGAACUCCUCCACCUGCUUGGAAAGCCUGCCUGACCUGCCGCACUCCGAGUGCUAUGGCCAGUUCUACAGCCCCGGUCCAGGGGAGGAGAAAGAGCAGAGUAAUGAGGUUUUUAAAAUGCCAUGUGAAUAUAAAAACCCCUGCUUGGUUCAAGCAAUCAAGCGUGAGCCCCUGGAUUCCCCACCGUUGUCCAGCAGUGGACAGAACAGAGCACACGUGAGCUUCCCUGAAAACACAUUAGCAGGUCCUGUGCCUCAUAAAACCACUGAAUGUACAUACUUACAAUAGAUUUUAUAGCAUUGGGAAUAUUUAUAAUCUUACAGGCAAGAAGAAAUUGUACAUUCUCUUCCAGUUGGGUUAAGUGAGUUACCAAAAUUUAAAGCCAGUGGAAAGAUUUUAAGUGUGUGUGCGCGCGUGUGCUUCUGUGUGUGGAAGAAAACUGACACAGAUGCAUACCCCCCUCACACCUUUACUCACAGCCAUUCUCUUACUGAUCUCUGGAAAGAAAGAAAGAUAAAACCUCAGAUACAGAAAAAUAAUCAGUUAUUAUUGCACAGGUGUACUUGCUAAUUUGUCUUCAUCAUCUUUCCUUUCUUGUUUGCAGUUCUGUAACAAGGUCUAGCUAUUUCUGUUUCUUGCCUUUGUUCCUUUUUUUUUUUUUUUUUUUUUUUUUCCUCUCUCAAAGUGAUGCCUUUGUGGAAAGAAAAAAUGUUUAUGGUCUUCAGUGUGGCCAGAAGUUUACCUUUGGAGUUCUUUUGUUUUUAUUUUAGCCACUCUGAUAAGAAGCGUCAGCUAUUCCUUUAUCUCAACAUUAAAUUAAUGACAACAGGCAAGGGCUUCCCAAACCCGACUUCUUAACUUAAAAGGAUAGCAUUAAUUUAGAGAAAAUAGCACUCAUAAAACACAUUAGAAGUUAUUUCACUUCAAACUGAGGUUUUCCCCAUGUUUCCUUGACAAGACUGUUUUAGUACACAUAUUUUUCCAUUUUAAAGCCUUCAGGCUUUCAUGUUGCUGUUUGAAAGACUGAACAACGGGAUGUUAUCCACUUCCAUAAAUGAGCUACAAAGGGCUUUUAAAUGUAUGAGAAGAAAAUAUUUCUCCAAUUAUUUUCCUUGCUCUCACUUGUAACAUUAACAAAGGAAAUGCACUUUUAAAUUUGAUGGUAUCUCUUUGACUGAUAAGAGCUUGUUAGUCAUCAUCACCUGACGUCAAAAAUCAAAUCCCACACUAAGAUUAGAAAUGUUAUUUCCAAAAGCAACCUCAUUUCAUCCCCAAAAGAAAAUCUUAAUCUCACUGAGAGACAACUGGAUUUAUGCACCAAAGUGCUUUUGAAAACAGAUCCAUAUGCUUUCCUUUGAACCCAGAUAGUCAUUUAUUUCCACUUUAAAAACAAAUUUACAACUCUGUUUUGGUUAUUGUUGUUGUUGUAGUUUGACUCCUGCACUAAUUUUUGUUUUAAAAUUGCACUAUUUCAACUUUAUAUCGCCUUCAAUUAUAUAAAAAAACAUCAUUAUAUAAAAAAAAAAAACUUAGAUGUAUAUGUGCUUUUUGAAAGAAGCCCUAUAAUGAAUGUUUUCUUUUUCCAAAUGUUAUAAUUAUAUUGUCUUUACCCCUACUAGCCACUAAGGGCAUGGCUUUACAUGCCAGUGAAGUGGCAUAAAUUUCUCCCUAAUGAGAGGGAUAAGUGUAGUUUUCAGGCAAGGGGAUGGUUCUGCGCAGGGAGUGGCACCCGGGAGUCUGCUCUUCUCCGAGUCUGAUAGAAGUUGCUGCCUGAACGUUAGAGUUGGCAGCAGUAAAUACAUGCAUUCUCUGCAUGUCACUUAUGUGCUUAGGAACAAUGGUUUGAUCCGAGAUGCUGCACUUUACACAGAAAUGAUGGAGACACUUACUAAACUUUUGAUGACUGUCCUGCAUGUGGCAGUAUUCACUGCAGAAAGGGAAGAGUGGAUGAUAGAGGGGCAAUAAUGCCCUGCUGCAGCUCAAGUUAAAUCUGCCACAAUCCAGCUGACCAUACUCAAACCAGAACAUCUCUAUUUAUCUCUGAGGUACAUCAGCUCCCUGUUGGCUACGUGCUGCCUCUUAACUUGAGACUGUCGUGAUAUCCUUGCCUUAGUACUUUCACCGGUGGGUACAAUGCAACAUCAGAGCCCUUUCAGAGAUGAGGCUGUAAGGGUGGAAUUUACACUGCAAUCCGGUGAUUCAUCAUUCCCUUCACGUAGUGUUAAGCCCAAUCACACAAAUCGUUCUGGGUACUCAAGUUGCGC